AUGGUGGAGCUGUGUGAAGAGCCUGCACGUGGCCACCUCUUGAUUCAACAUCAUACCAUCUAUGAGGUGACACAGGCCUCUACGUCGUCCAUAUCAUUAUCAUCUGCAGCCAGCACUCUGCUGACCCUGCUGCAGUCUGUGCGGGUCAAGACCACCUCAAUGGAUAUCAUCAUCGUUACGCUGCUGAUCCUGAUCAUGUUGGGACUCCUCAUUUCUGCCGGCACUGGCCUGGUCACCCGCGAAUCGCUCUUCCCAAGCGCAUUGCCCGAGCGCAAGGCAUCCAAGGACCCCCUGCCACGACCCAUUGCUCGGCGCCCGGAGCCAUCGGCGCCCGCCGAGCCCCCGCGCAACCCACCGUUGGACACUGGGCGGACGAGAGCCAGCCUAGCGAGUCAGGUGACCCACCGGUCCAGCACCACCUCCGAGGGUGGUUUGAAGGCCCUGCAGCUGGCCCAGCGGCCCUUCCUCAGCGACCUACCACGAAACCUACGACGCCAGCUGACCUGGGAGCUGGGGGAACCCAUCCGCGGAGACCGCCAGCAGUUGAUGUGGCAAGUCCUGGAUGACACUGGAAGGACCUUUUUGGAGAUGAAUUUGGAUGAGUUCGAAGGCGGCCUUACGAUCUGGGACACCAGGCUGCUGGCCACUGUGACGACGGAACUCUUGCAUGCCACAGAGUGGAAGUCUCCACAGAUCUUGGGCGCCAAUGGCGAGCUCUUUGCAGAGAUCGCAGUCGAUGGCAUCUUUGGCGCCAGCUUGCUCCUUCCGGAUCAAAUCUCUUCUUGGGGCCAACGCUUCGUGGUGAAGGAUGCCCGGACAGGCGCGACGAUCUUCAAUGUCACUGGAACUUGGAAGGAUCAGUGUAUGAAGAUCACAGAUGCUGUGGGGCACAGCGCAUGCCAGCUGGAGAAGCUCCCAUCUCCCCAGUCGAAGCUCGUGACGCUGGAGGAGGGCUCAGAUCCAGUGCUCAUGCUUUGCAUCCUCUUUGCAGUAGAGAAGAUGCGCUUGGUCCUGGCCGAUGUACGAGCAAGUAGCAGCCAAAUCGGACGCAGAGAGUGA